CAACUAAGCACCCAAUCCCUUCCCUGCCCCGUCAAAACCUGGGCUCGCCGGGAGCGGUGGCCAGGACUGUCUCCUAGUGAACACCGGCGCGGCUGAGCCGCCUCCCCGCACAGCGCCCGGCCGCUGCAUCAGGAACAAAGGCCUCCGGUCCCUGAAUUCUAGCUAGAAUGAAGCACAUCAACUUGUCGUUUGCAGCGUGUGGGUUUCUGGGCGUUUACCACUUGGGGGCAGCAGCAGCACUUUGCAGACAUGGCAAAAGGCUCAUGAAGGAUGUCAAGGCCUUUGCAGGGGCUUCUGCCGGAUCCUUGGUUGCUUCUGUCCUCCUAACAGCACCCGAGAAAAUAGAGGAAUGUAACCAAUUUGCCUACAAGUUUGCCGAAGAAAUUAGAAGGCAGUCUUUCGGGGCAGUAACACCCGGUUAUGACUUCAUGGCCCGAUUGAGAAGCGGAGUGGAGUCGAUUCUUCCUUCCAACGCUCACGAGCUGGCCCAGAACCGACUGCACGUAUCCAUCACCAACACUAAAACCAGAGAAAAUUACUUAGUUUCAAAUUUUUCCUCCAGAGAAGACCUCAUUAAGGUCCUCUUAGCUAGCAGUUUCGUGCCCAUCUAUGCGGGCCUGAAGGCAGUGGAAUACAAAGGUCAGAAGUGGGCGGACGGCGGCCUCACUAACAGCCUUCCCAUCCUGCCUGUCGGUCGCACGGUGACCAUCUCCCCCUUCAGUGGACGGUUGGACAUCUCCCCACAGGACAAAGGGCAGCUGGAUCUGUAUGUUAAUAUCGCCAAACAGGACAUAAUGCUGUCCCUGGCAAACCUGGUGCGGCUCAACCAAGCCCUCUUCCCGCCGAGCAAGAGGAAAAUGGAAUCCCUGUAUCAAUGUGGUUUUGAUGACGCUGUUAAGUUUUUACUUAAAGAAAAUUGGUUUGAAUAAGAUGCUUAAAAGUCUAUGAUGCAAAACUGGUUUCAGACUGUUUUCUAAUUAAAUCCUUUUUUAAGAAUC